AAAGCAAUGAGGUAAUGGGGUAAACAGUAAAAAUGGCGACGUCUGUAGCCAAAGAGGAGCAACCGAGUCUAAACGGGAUUAUUUCCGAGCCCCAAACACAAAAAUUGACAGAUCUGCCGACUGAAUUGCUUGAACAUAUUCUGUGCUUCCCUGUCCUCAAACAUGUCGACAUUUGUAACGUUUCCUGCUGCUGCAAACGGCUACACGAUGUUUGCCAUGGAAGGGGCAAGGUCUGGGAACAUCAGUACAAACUCAGAUGGCCAAGACUGCAGAGGUUUUACCGUCACAAUGAGAGCUGUGACUGGCUUAGAGAGUACAAAACACGCCACAGAGUUGGUAUACAGAUACAGAGGACCGUGGAGUCGAUCUCAAAACGAUUCUUCACAGAAGUUCCUUGCGUUGGCCAGGUGCUGGGAGACAGCUUUGCAGAGAUCGAGUCACUUGGCAUGCCAGAGCACUUCUGCGAAGAUGAGCUUCUGUUCAUACUCAACUCUGACAAGAGGAAAAGCUUGACUCUGAAAUACUAUGCAAAGAAAAUCCUUUACUUCCUGAGGCAGCAGAACAUCUUGAGGAGCCUGAAGAGCUUCCUGGAGCAGCCUGCCGAGCAACAAUCAGCUUUAGAAGGUGCUGUGCUGGUGGAUCAGUACUGUAACCCGCUGGCUGACGUCACACUGGACGGCAUUUCAGUGCAAAUAGAUGAAAUUGCAGAAAAGGUGAAGAAGAUGCUGAGAAUCAAAAACCCAUCUCAUUCCAGCCUGCGCGGUGCUAAUGAUGAUUGUGUCAUAGAGGACUAUGAGCUCCAGAGGCAGGUGUUGGGCGCCCUGAACUCUGUUUUGUACGAGCAGCUUCAGUACAAAGGCAACGAGUGUGACUACUACAACCCACUCAAUUCUUACAUCCAUCAGGUGCUACUACGGCGUACAGGGAUUCCCAUCAGCCUCUCUGUUCUUUACAUGACCCUGGCUCGAAAGCUGGGCAUCCAGUUGGAGCCUGUCAACUUUCCCAAUCACUUCCUGCUGCGCUGGUGCCAAAAACCAACAGGGAGUGAGGACAUCUAUGACUUUGUUUACGUCGACGCGUUUGGGAAAGGCAAGCAGCUGAAGGCGAAGGAGUGCGAGUACCUCAUCGGCCACCAGGUGACGGCAGAUUACUACAGCUCCAUCAGCACCACAGAGGUGCUGCUCAGGAUGGUGGGAAACCUGCUCAACAUUGGCAAAAGAGGUGAAGGCAAUGAGAAAUCCUACCAGCUGCUGAGAGACUCUCUGGAUCUCUACCUCACCAUCAACCCUGAUAACGUGCAGUACUUGCUGCUGCAGGCACGCCUCUACUUCCACCUGGGAAUCUGGCCAGAAAAGGUAUUAGACAUCCUGCAGCACAUUCAGGCGUUAGACCCCUCCCAGCAUGGGGCAGUGGGUUACCUGGUGCAGCACACUCUGGAACACAUCCAGCACAAGAAGCAUCCGGUGACACCUGAGGUGAAGCGGCGUAGUGCUCCAGAACACCUGGAAGUCCAGUAUUCAGUCGGUCUUAUCAUGAAACACAAGCGGUCAGGUUAUAAUUGUGUGAUCUACGGUUGGGACCCUAAAUGCACCAUGAGCCAGGAGUGGAUCACCACCAUGAGGGUCCACCAGCUGUCCAAUGGAGCCAACCAACCUUUCUACAACGUGCUUGUGCAGGACGGGACGUGCCGUUACGCAGCACAGGAGAAUCUGGAGCCCCACUCUGCCCCAAUGGAGAUCGGGCACCCGGAGGUUGGUCGCUACUUCUCAGAGUUCACCGAAACCCACUACGUUGCCAAUGAAGAACUGCAGACACGAUACCCAGAGGACCUGCGCGAAACCCUGGGCACAGUGCGAGAGCUCUAUGACAGAACGACUGGGGGCCAAGACGAGGCCCCUGCUGCAGACCAAAACAACCACCGAGCCACGUCAAUGUAGCGAGAAGUCCUGCCGACAACAGAUCACCCAUUGUCUGCUCACAACCAACUUAGCUGUGGUGUACACUUAGACCGGAACAAGUAUAACAGAGGAUACUUUUUAUUUGUUCGACAAAAGAAAAGCUUAACAAAUUUGUUGUUUUAAAAAAAGUUCAGAACACCGAAUCCUACCAUCGGUGCUCAUUUUUAAAAAUACAGUCACAGUUUGGGAAAAAAAAGUCAAAGUUAUACAAAGAAAGACUUGAACCGUGGAAAAGUACCCAGGUGCUGUAAAAGCCCCUCCUGCUUAAAAUCAGAAUGCUUCCCAUUCCCUGCAUCCAGCACCAGUAAACCCAGUGCCACACAAAAUAAUGUGAAGACUUUCCACUCUUCAGCUUUGAAGGAUGAAAUUCUAUAUUUCACAUUCCUCGAUGACCCUUGUUCUGUACGUUUACAAAACCCCAGUAUUUCAUAGUUU